GAUGGGCGAUGGAAUCUACAGAGGUCACAUCAUUGCUGCUGAGGAAGUGUCACGUGUGAUUCCUGAGGAGUACCGUCAGAAAGUGAGGGUUCUGGAUGUGGCCGCUGGCACUGGCUUGGUGGGCCAUCAACUGUACGAGAGAGGCUUCAGGAACAUAGAUGCAUUGGAGCCUUCGGAAGGAAUGAUGAGGAUCCUUAAAGACACUGAUAUCUACACCUUCAAGUAUCAGGAGUUUAUCGGAAUGGGGCAGAACACAGUCCCUCAAGAUACCUAUGACGUGGUAGUAAUUGCUGGCGGGAUGGGUGAAGGUCACGUCCCUGUACAAGGCAUCGAUGACAUGAUUCGCUUUUCCAAGCCAGGUGGCCUGGUGAUAAUUGUGAUGCGGCUGGAGUUCCUGUGGACCGUAGAGGAGUACAAAGAAAAACUUGAGGCUCAUAUGGACUAUUUAGAGGAGAAAGGAAAAUGGCGCAAGGAAAUGAGGAAAGUCGUGCCAAAUAACUUUUUUGACAAGGCUGGAGUGGUGUUCAUCUAUCGUGUCCUCUGAGCAACCAACAUCCACUCGGCAGACAAGGCUGGAGUGGUGAUCAUCUAUCGUGUCCUCUGAGCAACCAACAUCCACUCGGCAGACAAGGCUGGAGUGGUGAUCAUCUAUCGUGUCCUCUGAGCAACCAACAUCCACUCGGCAGACAAGGCUGGAGUGGUGAUCAUCUAUCGUGUCCUCUGAGCAACCAACAUCCACUCGGCAGAAAUUAGUGACUCACAUAAAUCCCUCUCCAUGAGCAAAUCACUCGGGACGGAUGAGUUGUUUGCA